AUGGCCCUCAGUAUCCGGCAGAAGAGGUUGCGAAGAAUCCCCAGAGACCCAGUCCAUGGGGUUGCGGUGCAAGGCUCUGUGGAUGGUCUGGCACCCCACUCUAUGGUGUGGCGGUGCAAAGCGGAGUUGCUGAGGAGAAUGGUUAGACCCGGAGACCCAGUCCAUGGGGUUGCGGUGCAAGGCCCUGUGGAUGGUCUGGCUACUGGCACCCCACUCUAUAGUGUGGUGGUGCAAGGCACUAUGGAUGGAAGGAUUACUUUUAGACCAAGGGAUUACAAAGCAACCUACUACAAUUACAAAUAUUAUUUUGCAAAUAUCAACCUCAAAUUAUCUGUCUUCAAGAAUCUAAAUUACAGCUAA